AUUAAAAUCUACUGUUGGGUAGAUCUCCUGUUUUUUGGUCCCGUCCGACUGUUGAGGGAAAUAUCCAUCUGGCAACGCUGCACUACCAUGUAGACACGCGUAGACCCUAGCACACUAGAUUCAACAAACGUGCACCGAACAAAAAAUUAGUAACCUUAUCCUAUUUACAACGUAUUUAUUUCAGGGCUAAAAUCAAAGAGGCAGUUAAAGUGCAAUUUACAAUAUAACCACAACAAUUAUGAGUCAACACUAAUUAGUUUUGCAAUCUUGUUUGGCAUCUUCUCAUUGGUAUACAAAGUUGGCCUUGGCUUUGUACAGUUGAAGGAUUCAAUCAUACCUGGUUUAGCAUCCUAAUAAACAAACGAGUUCAAGUCCAUAUCGCGUGUGUGACAGCUUAGAUACAAAGAUGGACGACUCUUCAGAUGAGAUGAACAGAAGACAAUCAAAUGGAAAAGAUUACAGACAGACUGCGCUGUCGAAAUUUUUCACAGAAGAAAAAUUCACCGAUUGCACAUUUGUUUUUGAGAAUGGCGAAGUAAAGGCGCACAAAAUAAUACUGGCAUGCAACAGCCCUGUUUUUGAAAGUAUGCUCUAUGGAGUAAUGGGACAAAGCACCAUAAAAAUAAAAGACUUGAACAUGGUGUACUUUAAAGAAGUUAUAAAAUUCAUAUAUACAGAUGAAGUCGACAUAUCAUCUCAAGAACAUGCUUGGGAAUUGUACAGCAUUGCUAGCAUCUACCUCAUUGACGAUUUGUUAGAAUUCUGCUUGGAUUAUAUAUACGAAAAUUUGGCUAUAAGUAACUUACUUUUGUCAUAUGAAUAUACGGAUAUGUACAACAUUACAUGGUUGAAAGACCACUGUAUGGAGGAUAUAGUUGAAUAUGCACUAGGAGUCUUUGAGAAUAUGAACUACCAUAUGAAACCAAGUACAAUGGAACGUGUCUGCGACAGGUUGGGAUAUGUUGAUAUUAAAUUCAACCCAAUACCACUGAUAUUUAAAUGGGCCGUGGACGAACUCAAGUCUUCCGAAGAUCCUGAUGUUAAAGUGACUGCAGAAUCAGUUUUGUCGCUCCUAGAAACCCACGGUAUCCUGAAAUGCAUCUGUCAUACAUGGUGGAUCAAGCCUUGUUACAAAUGUAUGAAUCUCCUGUGCACUUGUUCGCGCGAUACAGUCUACGAAGAUUUUUUCCUGUCAUUAGGAGGAAAAAUCCGUCUAACGCAAGAAGAUUCGAUAAUAAACGAAGCCAAAUGCAUAUCGUAUCUUCACAGUGUGGUACAGCCACAUGGCGAGGCAUCCUGCCAGAUGCGAAGAGUGUACAAAGUGUCCCAAAGAAUAGAUUUAGUAGAAAACGAGGCGUACGUGAGCAGUGUUAGCGCAACAGGCGGUCCGGUGAUGAUAUUCGGCAUACAGAUCGACUGCGGGACGCAGCCCACGAAUCCACACACGGACCCGCGAAUCAAAGGAAUUGUGACGGUGAGGUUAUGUCUCGAAGGCACCACGCAGGACGUCGGUCCACCUACAUCCAAGGAGCUUCAUUUUUUUCACAAUAGCAGCGUGUAUGUAGCGUUUAACUGCCCCUUUUUACUCGAAGAAAAUAAGGUGUACGAUUUUAGAAUCUCAUUUAGUACGCGGGCGUCGGGAGGAGGUCUUUCAGUGAUUUGCCAUUUUAGGAGCAAUCAAUUGCGUCAUGUUCGAAGCCUGCGGGCUCUCACGUUCUACGAUCCGUGUGGAAGUCCUAUAAAGGGUGUUUCCUUGUAUCCUGUUUAGUUAAGUUUGUUUUGUGAUAUAGUAUAUUUUUUUAGAAGUAAGAUUUUAGUAAAAUAUAUUUUUAUAUGCAUAUUGUAGUUUCAAUACA